AUGGCAAACGCAGACGCAUCGAGCGACGACACUGACGCUGUCUUCCCUGCUUCCUCUGGCGGCGGUGUGUUCCCGUCCCGGCCAACACAUUACGAAAACCCUCUGCAGCGUAAGCUCACUAACAAUCCGAAGAUUGUGGAUGUUGAGCUAGCAUCUGUCACCGAGGGAGGAGAUUAUGAUGAGAGGGACUUUCACAAGAAACAGGUGUUCAGCGGAUGGACACUAGCUUGGCUGUCAUACCAAUCCCUCGGUGUCAUCUAUGGAGAUAUUGGGACCAGCCCGCUGUAUGUCUACUCAUCCACAUUCAGCAGUGAACCGAGUCGUGAAGACGUCCUCGGGGCGGUCUCCUUAAUUAUCUGGUCCCUCACCAUCAUGGUCACGGCCAAAUAUGUUUGCAUUGUGUUGAACGCAGACGACGAGGGCGAGGGUGGUACAUUUGCCUUGUACUCGCUAAUCUCCCGCUAUGUAUGGUGUGAUUUGCUCAUCGACGACUGA